AUUCUACCCCUCGCACACUCAAUGGAGGAGCAGGAAAACUUGCUUGCUGCACCACGAACUUCCCUUCCAUUUUUUUCCGUGUUGUAACCCGUGGGCUUCUUACCCUGAGAGAACCCCACCCCCUAAUAGAAUACGGAGCCAAGUGAGACAGAGAUGUCGGAUGGGGGGAGCAAGACCGAGGAAAGCAUCGAUGCCCUCAUGCAGGAGGUGCGAUGCCUCAAACUCAAGCUGGAGGAGGAGCGAAAGAAGCUCAGCGAUGUGUCACUGUCGAACGUGGCGCAGAGGCUGGAGAAUCUCAGUUUGCAGAAUAUCAAGGUUCGACGGGUUCUCAAGGGGCACAUGGGGAAAGUUCUGUGUUUGGACUGGUGUUCGGACAAACGCCAUCUCGUCUCCUCCUCGCAGGAGCAUGCCAUCACCAUGCCUACUACAUGGGUCAUGGCUUGUGCCUACGCCCCCUCUGGCAACAUGGUCGCUUGCGGGGGACUGGACAACAAGGUGACGGUGUAUCCACUCAACGUGGAGGAGGAGCUGACAGGGAAGAAGAAGACAGUCGGGGUGCAUUCCAGCUACAUGUCCUGCUGCAUCUUCCCCAACUCCGACCAGCAGAUCCUGACGGGGAGCGGGGAUUCCACGUGUGCCCUGUGGGACGUGGAAUCGGGUCAAAUGCUCCAGAGUUUCCACGGUCAUCACGGUGACGUGAUGGCCAUCGACCUCGCCCCAAACGAGACAGGCAACACCUUCGUCUCAGGCAGCGAAGACGAAUAUAUGUUCACUUCCAUCGAUCGCGUUCUUCUUUCCGUCGACUCGGUACGAAUGAAGAGCUGCGAUCGGUUGGCGAUGAUCUGGGACAUGCGGAGCGGAGGAUGCGUGCAGAGCUUCGAGGGACACGAGGCAGACAUCAACACCGUCCGAUUCUAUCCCAGCGGGGACGCUAUCGCCACCGGAUCCGACGAUGCCACCUGCAGACUGUUCGACCUGCGUGCGGACCGAGAAGUGGGAUGCUACACCAAAGAGAGCAUCAUCUUCGGAGUGAACGCGCUGGACUUCUCCAUCAGCGGUCUCGCCCUCCGCAUUCCACCUGCGACCGAACGUCGAGGGCUGGCACCUGACCUUUUCGUCUCUCUCUCCGUUCAGGUCGGUUCCUGUUUGCGGGUCAUAGCGACUACACGGUGA